AUGACGCAGAAUGGGCACUCCCACAAUAGUUUCACAAACUAUGUUGCAUAUCGCGACCCAAAACUUCUUGGGCAAUCGCGAAUUGGGCAUCUAGAACUCGAGAAUUCUAUGAUCCAACCUUUGAGCUUCACGUCCGGAGCUCUAAUAAAAGACCUUUAUCAAGUUAUUGAGGUCGGCAGCUCGCAGAUCAAACCUGCUGGCGAGAAAUUCCCUCUGUCUUCAGUCGAGCUCCUUGCUCCUAUUUACGGAAGAGAUAUACUUGCAGUAGGAAAAAAUUAUGCCGAACAUGCUAUAGAGUUCAAUACUUCGGGCUAUGACUCUAGCGACAAGGUCGAUCAGCCUACACACCCUGUUAUCUUUACGAAGCGAGCUACAAGUAUCAUCGCGAGCGAAGAGGCGAUUUAUCCACAUGAUGGGUUUACCGAAAGCUUAGACUACGAAGGUGAAAUAGGUGUCAUAAUUGGGAAAUCAGGGUUCAAGAUUGAAGAGGCAGAUGCUAUGGACCAUGUUUGGGGUUAUACAAUAAUUAAUGAUGUGACUGCAAGGGAGCGUCAAAGAGACCACAAGCAAUUCUAUAUUGGAAAAUCGGCGGAUACCUUUUGUCCAAUGGGUCCAAUUGCAGUGCCCGCAAACAAGCUCCCGGAAUCUCUUCGAGUUCAAACACAUGUCAAUGGAGAGCAACGUCAAAGCGCUACUAUUGAAAGCCUUAUAUUCUCGAUUCCAGUCCUAAUUAAAACUCUUUCCGAGGGACAAACUUUGCAGCCAGGUGAUGUCAUUGCGACUGGUACUCCUGCAGGUGUUGGUAUUGGCAAGAAGCCUCCAAUUUUCCUGAAACCAGGAGAUGUGGUUGAGGUAUCCAUCAAUGGGCUUGGAGUACUUCGGAACAAGAUUGGAGAAUCUCAAUCCACAAAUCAGACUGUUGAUCGUGUGGCCAAAGCUACCCAUAUCCCCAUCAACAACCUUGAAAAGACAUGCGGUGGUAUUGGGCUUACAACAAUCAAUUCCAAACAAUUGUACUAUCGACAUGCCGGCGAAGCUAAUGGACCGCCCAUUAUCUUCAUUCAUGGUCUUGGUGGUUCUUCUGAGUUUUAUACCCCAUUAGUCAACGCACUAGGCUUGGAAAAGUCCCAUUCUUUACAUUUCAUGGAUCUUGAAGGCCACGGACUCUCUCCCACGAUUGCGACUUCCUCCAUUUCUAUAUCAAGUUACGCCGCAGACUUUGCAGCAUUAGCACAGCAUGCCAAAAUCAGUGGAGUAACUAUUGUAGCUCAUAGUAUGGGGUGUACUGUGGCGUUGAAUUUAGCUCUGGAGCAUCCCUCGCUUGUCUCAAGAUUAAUUCUCCUUGGUCCACCACCCACGCCCCUCCCUGAAGCUGUCCAAACCGGAUCCAUCUCUCGAGCGGAAAUCGUAAGAGCAAAUGGAAUGGCUGCCGUGGUGGAAGCCAUCGCAACCGCAGGCACGUCCACCAAAUCCAAAACAGACAAUCCUCUUGCAAUAGCCGCGGUACGUAUGUCCUUGCUAGGACAAGAUCCUGAAGGGUAUGCUAAGGGAUGUACGGCUCUUGCUGGGUGGAGCGCGGCAGUCCCGAUCGAACAGAUCAAGACUUCGACCCUAAUUGUUACAGGCGAUGAGGAUAAGGUAUCGCCACCCCAGCUUUGCGAAAAAUACGCGGCGGAAAUCAAGGGUGCGAAAGUGAUCACCCUGGGGGGAGUUGGCCAUUGGCAUAUCUUUGAGGAUCUGAGUGGUGUUGCAAAGGCAGUGUCAUCAUUCCUUGGAUAG